AUGGAGAUUACUUUAGAAGCCUCUCCAGGUAUCUCUGGAGAUGAGGCUGAUUUUUCUGCUGAUUUUACUGCUCCUGCUGAUAUGCAGGCUUUAACUGACACUUCCAUGGCAAAAGCAAUGAUAAAUGCCCUGGUGUCAGUGAUGGAGGUUAUGUCUGAUUCACUUUCACAGACAUUUGCCCAGACCCUGCUACAGGCACAGAGAUCAGCCCAGCCGACUACUCGGGCGGCAGUACCUGUACUCACACCUGCUCUGCUUCAGCCUGGCCACAAGGCCUCAUAUAAGGCUAAAAACUCUUCCAAAACAAUAGAGAUAGACAGUACCAUACCUGUUACGGAUGGCGCGAUUAAUUUACCACCGUGCAAAAGAGCCACUAGCCAGGCAAAAUUGACUAGACUUUGGAAAAGGGCAAAAGCCCAACUGAACUCUGAAUAUGAGCUCAGUGAUAUUGAGGAGGAGUUCCCUGAGUCCUAUAUGGAGGAGUACCUGUACUCACACCUGCUCUGCUUCCGCCUGGCCGCAAGCCACAUAUAA